CUCCUGCCGCUUCUUGCCAUACCCUUACCACAUGAGCAACACCUCCACACACACUGCAUUUAACUAACACGUGCAUUUGGACGUUUCUCCCCUCAAACCGCUGCCCGCCAAACGUCAGGUGGAGGAAGGAAAAGUUUUUGACAGCUUCUCUCGUGGAGUGACAGCCUGCCACAUCACGUUGGGGUCUUAGUGGUGAAGCUUCUUUUUUCUUUUUCCUCCCCCUACUACUACACCACCACCACCACCACCACCACCGCGGUGAACUGCUUUGACCCGUGUCUCCACCCUGUCACCUGUGUCAAGUGGUCGUGCUGCUCUGACAGCGCAGUCUGACCGGAGCGCUUUCCCCCGGCUUCAGCUCACCGCGCCCGGGCAUCAUGAGAACCUGGAGGCGGCGGAAGAACUUUGCCUUUCUGCUCCUCGCUCUGCGCGUCUGCUGCUGCCUCUCCACGGCGACGGAAAAUGCUGACAACACGGUUCACAAUAAAGAGGAGGGAAGUAGUCCAGACAAGGCUAAACAGCGAGGGGAAGCAAUCAAACCAAACCGCUAUGGGACCACCGUACCUCUGCUGCUGAAGGGCAAGGAGCGCAGACCUUUCCUCCAGCUCACGGCCGGGAGUUAUCCUGCGUCACUCCAGCUGCUGGUACGUGCGGAAGGUGAACAGCUGAUCCUGUUGCUGGAGAAGAAUGAGGGUCUUUUUGCAAGCCAUUACACUGAGACACAUUACCGGGAGGAUGGAAGUGCAUUCACCGGUGCUCACAACUUCACGAACAACUGCUACUACCAUGGGGAAGUCCAGGCGCAUCCAAACUCUGAUGUCACCCUCAGCCUUUGCUCGGGCCUUCGAGGUUUCAUCGCGCUUGAAAACAAGACGUUUAUCAUUGAGCCAGCGCCUGGACAUGACAGCGGUGUUCACCUCAUCUACCGAGUGGAAGAACUCACACUGACCCCGGGAUCCUGCGGCCACGGCUUCAACAUGUCCUCUGUCGCCCCUGAAAACCACAUCAAAAGCCCCUUUCAGUCCUUCCACACGAGGCAUAAAAGGCACACUCAGAAGACGACCAAGUACGUUGAGCUGAUCAUCGUUGCAGACAACAGAGAGUUUCAGAAACAGGGGAGGGACGUGGAGAAGGUGAAACAGAGACUGGCAGAGAUAGCCAAUUACGUGGACAAGUUUUACAGGGCCCUGAACAUCCGGGUGGCCCUCGUGGGUCUUGAGGUGUGGAGUGACUCUGAUAAAUGUCCCGUCACCCAGGAUCCCUUCACCACCCUGCACGAGUUCCUCGACUGGAGGAAGGUCAAACUGCUGCCACAGAAGCCUCACGACAACGCUCAGCUCAUAAGCGGGGUUUACUUCCAGGGCACCACCAUUGGCAUGGCGCCCAUUAUGAGCAUGUGCACAGCUGAGCAGUCUGGAGGCAUUGUCAUGGAUCACUCUGAGAACCCGCUGGGUGCAGCUGUGACUUUGGCUCACGAGCUGGGACACAAUUUCGGGAUGAACCACGACACUCCAGAGCGCGGCUGUGGCUGCAGGAUGACCGUUGACCGUGGAGGCUGCAUCAUGACCCCGUCCACUGGGUAUCCAUUCCCAACAGUGUUCAGUACAUGCAGUAAGAAGGACCUUGCUGCCAGUCUGGAGAAAGGUGUGGGCAUGUGUUUGGACAAUAUGCCAGAGGUCAAGGUGCUCUAUGGAGGCCAGAAGUGCGGCAAUGGAUAUGUGGAGGAGGGAGAAGAGUGUGACUGCGGGGAGCCAGAGGAAUGUAUGAACCCAUGCUGCAACGCCACCACAUGCACCCUCAAAGGAGACGCUGUGUGUGCCCACGGACAGUGCUGUGAAGACUGCAGGCUGAAACCCGCUGGCACCCUGUGUCGAGAGUCCAGUAACUCCUGUGACCUGCCAGAGUUCUGUACUGGUGCCAACCCUCACUGCCCAGCCAACGUUUAUCUGCAUGAUGGACACGCCUGCCACAGCGUUGAAGGCUACUGCUACAACGGCAUCUGCCAGACUCACGAGCAGCAAUGCAUCACUCUGUGGGGACCAGGAGCCAAGCCUGCCCCUGGGAUAUGCUUCGAGCGAGUCAACUCUGCAGGGGACCCUUACGGGAAUUGCGGGAAGGACUCCAAAGGCUCCUUUGCCAAAUGUGAUGCGAGGGAUGCAAAGUGUGGUAAAAUUCAGUGCCAGGGAGGAGCCAACCGGCCAGUGAUUGGAACAAACGCCGUUUCCAUUGAAACCAACAUCCCGCUACAGGAAGGAGGACGUAUUCUGUGUCGAGGAACGCAUGUUUAUCUGGGCGAUGACAUGCCUGAUCCUGGGCUGGUUCUGGCUGGUACGAAGUGUGGAGACGGCAUGGUGUGCCUGAAUCGCCAGUGCCAGAAUGUCAGUGUCUUUGGUGUGCAUGAGUGCUCUGGGAAGUGCAAUGGACGUGGGGUGUGCAACAAUAAGAAGAACUGCCACUGUGAAGCACACUGGGCCCCUCCGCUCUGUGAGAAAGCGGGCUUUGGUGGGAGCAUCGACAGCGGGCCAAUGAGACUGGCAGCCGACAGUGUGGUCAUUACUGUGGCAAUCCUGGUUACCCUGGUCAGCCUCCUGGUAACCACCGUCAUCAUAUUUCUGAAGAGGAAGACUCUGCUGCGCCUCCUCUUCACCAAUAAGAAGAGCACGCUGGAGAAACUCAGAUCUGUGGAGGCCAACAGGCCGACCAGCCCCAUCAGGAAUCAGUCCAUGUACAGACCCACCCCACAGCGCAAGCCUCCACCCAAACCCUCUGGAGCCAACAUUUAUAAGCCAUCUCUCCUGAGUGCCGAGCCUCUUCUCCCCCCACACAACUUCCACUCUCACAGCCUGCGCAGACUGCCCCUCUACCAGCCCUUACACAUCAGCCAGCCCAUGCCGGUGUCUCUGAGCGUGGGCCAACCCACCCUGCCUCCUCUUCCAGCGCACCACAGGGUGCUGCCCGCCCACACCUCCCUCUCACCAACUCGAGUGCCACCUUUCCUCAGCCUGCCACGCCAGCAGCCAUCGUACAGAGUCGACCAGGACUUUGAGAAACCCAGUCCACCCCAGAAACCCCUACCUGCAGACCCACUCGGGAGGAGCUCUCGGCUGGGUCACAGUGUCACAGCAGGAGGGGUCCACCUCCCCGGAACUGGACCCCUCCCCAUACCUAUCCCCACUGUGCCCAGGCCACCACCCACCAUCCCUUUACCCAGCAGACCCGUGCCGAUGUUGCCCUACAGACCACCAAAGACUAAUAAGGACUGCUGAGCUCUUGACGUCGUGGACGAGUAAAUGUCCGACCAACAGACGAAGACUUUCUUGAUUUGCACUAAUUACUGAGACUCUGUACGACCUCUUGGACAGUCGGAAGCAUCACAGAGUUUCCAGUAAAAGGGGGCUAACAUCACACCUCGGUGCUACGCCUCUAUAAGGUGCUUUGUUGUCCUUGCUCAGGUACCAAUGAACUAUUUAUCUAUUUAACUAUUUAACUGCGGUAUUACCAGUUUGUGCACAGAGCACUCUGAUCAAGAGUGAUUUGAGUGAGAAAAGAAGGAAUCAUGGUGUGAUUUAGAAUAUUUCUUUUGCAUUCUUUUGUGAUUUUUAUACUUUUUUUUCUCAAUGAAAUGCUGAAAUAUAUGAUGUUUUUAUAACCAGUUAAGUUGCUUGAAUAAGUGAAGCGCUAAAAGAGUUUGUCUUUGGGCUAAAAUGAAGAUAAAGGGAAAUGGAGCACAACUCAGCAUGUUGCCAGUGCAGCUUGUGGGCCAUCGAGCAGUGUUAAUUAUUCAGUUUUUUUAUAUUUUUAUGAUGUAUUCAAUGCCAAAUACAUCUUUUCUAUCAUGUCACCACGGUGCUACAAAGUAGAUAUUAAUCAGAUCUUGUUUUGAAAUGAAAUACAUUGGACUCACACUGCGUUUUUAUUGUGGGAUUAAUCCGAUCAGCUCAUUUCACAGCCUCACAGUCAGGCUCUUUUAUUCCCUUAUAAGUUCACUUUCGCGGUAGAGCACUAAACAGGAAAAGUACUUUUCACACAUUUCAGGCCGGCUCUGACACACUGCUCGGGGCACGCUUUGGACGCUCCACAUGCUCUCCUGAUACUGGCAGACGCUGCUGCGGAGUCUCAACAGAUUUGACAGACUGAUUGUGUUCCAGAGAAUUACACCAACACCAAAUAAUUCACCAUUAACUCUGGUGUUUGUAUGUUUAACAUUCACGCUCACUUUGUCCUCGAGUGGGCGAGCCAAGCGGGAUGACUUCAGCGCUGUGAGCUUUCCAAGCUCCCCCUCGACCGUGUCCAACAAGAUGUUUUUACCAUAUCUGUCCUGUCUUUUUUUUUUUUUUCCUUCAUAACAUUCCAUUUGGAUUUUGUAGGGCUUUGUUUUUCUCGAACGCUGAGAUUAUUCAUGCAUUCACAGCUUUGUGCAUCAGAUUCAGAGCUUGGCAUUGCACUUCAUUUCUUUGAUGUUAUUUGUUGUUGACUUGCUGUUAUACCAAGAGGGAUUCAACUGGUGAAAUCUUUACAGCGCAGUUAUGUUUUACCUGUGUCAGUGUUCACUUUGGAUGAUGCAUUUUAUAUUUGUAGUGUGUCCAAAUGCAGUGCUUGUCUCCUGACUGCUGCAGAAUGAUUGAAGUCCCUGCAGAAGUGUGCAACUUUCUUGUUUUGGAGGUGUUCAGAUGUGUCUGACAGUCCGAUUAAGCGCUACCCGCUGGAAAAUAUUUGUUAGUGCUGUGUGGAUUAGUCGUUAAAUGUUUAUGCCAUUUGUAAAUCCUAAAUGUAAUGUGUUUAUUUGCAUAACUGUAACAUGUUUAAAAGCCAUUGUAAAGUGUAAAUAUUGUAUGUCACUAUGUCACUUAUCAUUUCUUCUUUUUUUUUUUUUUUUGUUCUUUGUUUUGUUUUGUUUUUACAAGCACAGUAAUAUAAGAACUGCUUUAAGGUGAUGCCCCGUUGACGCUGGGUGGCAGAAACAUGAUUUUAACCUGUACCUUGUAAGCCAGAGACGGAUGUUUCAGGAUAACAUUUAAACUGAGAGAUUUUAUUGAAAUGAUAUCAGAGCCAAAUA